UUUACUUUACUGUUAUGACGUCAAAAGCAUCACAUGCGGUUCUUGAUUUCGCAUCGCUGACAACAUAUUCAUCUGCGCAAGCCGAUCACCACACAAUGACGGAUUAUGAGACGCGAAGACUGGAAAACAUCAAGCGCAACCAAGCCUUGAUCAACGAGCUCGGAAUCAACAAAGUGAAGCAAGAGACGUCGACGAAGCGACCACCACCAAAGAAACGCAAGCUCUCACCUUCAACAUCACGGCCCACACGCGUCUCUGCGCGUAUAGCUACGACAGAGCGUCCGAUUUACAAUGACGAGCCCUCGAUCUCAAACAAAGCGUCUUCGCGAUCCUCGAGGAAGAAUGGCGCAAAGAAAGAGCAGAGUGUAGUUGCGGAUGCCGUCGAGACAGAAGCGCAAUCACCCCCAGCAGACCUUGAAGACAUACGCAAAGGCUGGACCGCUUGGGAGUCAGUAGCACCUCCACCCACAAGGGACGAAGAUGGCACCUUCCACUUCGACGAGCAUCCCACCUUCCUACCAAAUAAAUCGCCAGCCGAGAUGCUCGCUGAAGGUGCCUUCGGAGGUUCAUACUACCGACCGCUAUACUCAAAAAGCCUACGCACUACAGUAGAGGAUGACUGGAAAGAACUGCCUGGAGAAUGGUUGAAAGACCUGAACGUUGAAAGAUACCUUACAAGCUCCUCCUACGAUCCAGAGGUCAAUAAAUUCAAGGUCAGAUGUGGACAGAGCAUUGAAGAGUGGGAAGUCGCGGGCUGGAUAGCGCAUGCGUACGAUGUACGCGGCUGGUUCCAAUGGUAUACACGAUUCUGGCAAGGUCGUCGUUGCGAUGAUGACGAUAGACAGAUUGGAAGAUGGGAGCGUUGUGUUGGCGAGAGAGGGCGCUGGCGUCGGAUGCUCUUGAAGAAGUACCUGCAGGCUGGAGUCAAAACAGUCGCGGAUGAGGGAGUCGACGAAGAAGAGGUGUCGCCAGUCAUGCAUCAGACCUGUCACCAAUGGGCGUGGGAGGUCCGUCAACCUUCUUUGGAUGAAGCAUGGGCUGGUCAGUAAUCCUUUUGUACAUAGCUCCAUCAUGGCCGUGCUUGCCCUAUCACGAAGAUCACAUCCAAGAUCGAUUCGUGGGGAGGCUUUUGAAUCCGACAAGACAUUCAUCACAACACACCUCCAGCAUUUAGCAGGUGAUCAAGAAGACCAAUCCAGGUGUUGAGAGAUAUGUGGGAGGUGUAUUCUGUAAUUUUAUGUUUUCACAAAAAGUCGGGUUGCAAGAGCAGCUGUCACGUGGAUGUGGCAGCGUGCGAAGCGAGGCCAUCAACAACGCGCU